UACCAAGCCAUCUAUUAUUAGUCAGCUACUAGGAAGAGCAAAUCCUGGCCUCAUGUCACAGGGAAAGCUCUGAGCGCCACAAGAGACUCAUUCCAGGCCUCCUUUUGUCCUCCCCGUUGGAGGAGGAUCCUGAGCACUCACAUCAGUCGUGUGUGUGUUAGUUUCCUCCUCUCACAGCGCCCGCUCUGUCGCCCUUCACCUCUCCUUCCUCUCCUCCCUGUCCUGCCAGGGAGAGAGGAAGUCAGAGGCGCGAAGUGGCGCAGAGCAGACGCUCGUGAACCAUUAUUGUAGCUGUCGUCGCUGCUGCUGUCGUCGUCGUCAACAAAUCCACAAGGAUGGAGAAGAAGCCGACCAUCCUCAUGAACAGGUACGAGCUCGGGCGCAUGCUCGGGCAGGGCACCUUCGCCAAGGUGUACCAUGGCCGGAACCUCGCGUCCAGCCAGAGCGUGGCCAUCAAGGUCAUUGACAAGGAGAAGGUGCUGCGCGUCGGCAUGAUCGACCAGAUCAAGCGGGAGAUCUCCGUGAUGCGCCUCGUCCGCCACCCCAACGUCGUGCAGCUGCACGAGGUGAUGGCCAGCAAGAGCAAGAUAUACUUCGCCAUGGAGUACGUCCGGGGCGGCGAGCUCUUCGCCCGUGUCGCCCGGGGCCGGCUCAAGGAGGACGUCGCCAGGAGGUACUUCCACCAGCUCAUCGGCGCCGUCGACUUCUGCCACAGCCGCGGCGUCUACCACCGGGACCUCAAGCCGGAGAACCUCCUCGUCGACGAGCAUGGCAACCUCAAGGUGUCCGACUUUGGCCUCAGCGCCCUCAAGGAGUGCCAGAAGCAGGACGGGCUGCUCCACACCACCUGCGGCACGCCUGCGUACGUUGCGCCGGAGAUCAUCAGCAAGAAGGGCUACGACGGAGCCAAGGCUGACAUCUGGUCCUGCGGCGUCAUCCUCUUCGUCCUCCUUGCCGGCUACCUCCCGUUCCAUGACUCCAAUCUCAUGGAGAUGUACCGCAGGAUCAGCAGGGGUGACGUCAAGUACCCGCAGUGGUUCUCCUCUGAUCUGCGGCGGUUCAUGUCCAAGCUCCUCGAUCCCAACCCAAACACCAGGAUCACCAUCGAGAAGCUGGUCGAGCACCCGUGGUUCAAGAAGGGGUACAAGCCGGCUGUCAUGUUGGCACAGCCGCACGGCUCCAACAGCCUCAAGGAUGUUCAGGUUGCCUUCAGCACCGCCGACAAUGAAGGUGGCAGCAAGGUGGAGCAGCCGGCGGGCAGCUCCGUGAAGCCGUCGAGCCUGAACGCGUUCGACAUCAUCUCCCACUCCAAAGGAUUUGAUCUGUCAGGCCUGUUCGCGGUGGACCAAGAGCAGAAGGCCAGCAACUCACGGUUCAUGACCCAGAAGCCGGCGUCAGCGAUAGUGUCAAAGCUGGAGCAGAUUGCUGAGACAGAGAGCUUCAUGGUGAAGAAACAGGACGGCCUGGUGAAGCUGCAGGGGUCCAAAGAAGGGAGGAAGGGACAGCUUGCGAUCGACGCCGAGAUCUUCGAGGUGACACCGGCCUUUUAUGUCGUCGAGGUGAAGAAGUCGGCAGGCGACACCUUGGAGUACGAGAGGUUCUGCAACAAGGGCCUAAGACCUUCACUCAGUGACAUCUGCUGGAGCAGCCAAUCAGAGGCUCCUUCAGGGGUUCAGUCAUCACCAUUGAAGCCAUCCUCUUAGUCGAUCGUAAUUUAAGUGCAAUCUCUUCAGAGAUGUGGUUGCAAUCCAUCCUCUCCCUCCUUUUUCUUCCCUUUCUCAAAGAGCUAGGACCUUGCUCGGUUGAGCAUCAGGCUGUAGGGAUCUUUGUGUUCCUUUCUGCCAGCUUUCUUCUUGUAGUAGCAGUUGUUCAGCAUGGAACUCCUGUUCCUUUCACCAAUAGAAGCACAAUGAUCAGCACUGUCAACCAUUUUU